AUGCAGAGUAAGCACUGCUUAACAUCUGUUACCCUGCCAGACAGUGUUACAAUUUUUAGCACUAACAUAAAUGUACACGUUAAUGAAGUAAGUCACAGAGAAUUAAGUAAUUUAACUGAAAGCAGAACAUCUUUAGAGACCUUAAUUUUAAGGAACCACAGUGGGAAAACAGGAUAUUUAAUGUGGAUUUUAAGUUACUGUAUAACUUGUAUUAUCAACAAAAUACAAAGGUGAAGCAAUUGUUUUCUCUUCUGACAUAUGAAGACAGUCAUUCACCUGCAAUUAAACAGACAAUACACAUUCAUGGUGUGGAUAAUCUAGUAGAGGAAAUUAAUAUUAUUCAAAAUAAACAGGAAUGUCAGACUAUGGAAUAUGAUAUACAAUUUAUUUGCUGUUCAUGUAAAAUUACUGAAAUUGAAAGGAAACACAUCAUGAGAAAACACAGAAAAAAACAUACUUAUGACAGUAUGGAACCCAUUGCCAAUUGGUAUAUUCAGUAUUGUUUUCUGUAUUGCCAGCUAUUCAAUCUUUUUUAGCCCAGUUGCUUGGCAUAGCAGUGGUCCUAACAAUAAUCAUUGGAGAUUUUAUCUUAACUUGAGCAUCCCAUGAACAAAAUAAUAGAGAAACAUGUUUCAUACAUUUGUACAAGGCUGUACAGAUCAAUGAGUGGGAUAACAUCAUGAUUAUUAAUGACUGAAAAAAAUAAACAAGUUUCUGGCUGAAAUAAAUUUUGGCAGUUGUGUUAAUAUGUAUGUACUGAUGUCUUCAAUGUUAAUUAUUUUGUAAAUAAAGCAAGGUACCUAAAGCAUCAAACUUAAACAAAGUAUUCUUUUGGUAGAGAGGCCUGUGGUUCUGGACAGAGGUUUUAUGUAAGUAUUUACUCUUUGUGGAUAAUCUAG